GGUCGGGCGAGGGGCUUCUAUCCGUGGGAAGGAUGAACUUGGAAGCAAAGCAGGGUUGGCCCUGAUAGAAUGUGGAUGGGAGACCACCAGGAAAUCCCAGGGCUGUGGGCUGGAGGUGGAAAAAACACUGGGGAGAAGGCCACGGCCAACCGCUCCCUCCUCCUGGCAAGAAAGGAACUUCUGUGGAUGGCUUCAGACCCAGCUAAGAGAGGCGUGGGGGGAGAGGAGCUCCCAAGAGCCAGCCCCCCCCCCCAGUGUGCCCUCCUCCUCGAAAGCCCGCUGUGCAGGGCUGCCUGGACCAGGUGGCCAGGCUGCGCAGCUGUUGGCCCAACGUCAGGGCCAGGAGGGCGCCUGCCUGCCUGCGCCACCCGAUAACCCGCUUCGUGGGCCAGGUCCUGAUAAGGCGGCUGCGCCAGGCACGUCUCCCGCAGGGCCAGGGGGGCCGGGGGCGGGGGGGCUUGCCCUGGUAACCGCCUGGUGCUGGCGGAGCCUCAGCCCUUCUGCCUGCCUCUCUCCCUCCCAGCAGGGCUGCAGUGGGACCCACGAUGGAGGCUUGGACGGCCCGCCUGCAGCGAGCGGUCAGCCAGAAGCCCGGGCGCAGGUCCUACACCAUCUACCGCAACGCGGCGGAGGACGAUGGGGACCCCGAUCCGGGGGGGCUUCAGAUCAAGAUGGAGGAAGCUGAUGGGGCAACUGCUCGCCCCCCCUGCGGCCAGAAGGCUGUGCCUCCGUCUGCCUGGCUGAAACGGUGGAAGGCAGGGGUGUACCUGGCCCUGGUGGGCCUCCUCCUCCUCGUCAUAGGCUUCCUCCUGGGGUACGUCUCUUCCCGGAGGGGGUCCUGCGCGGCAUGUGGAGACUUCCUGCCCAUGGUGAACGAGGAUGGCCCCUACCACCCCGCCGAGGACCCCCGGGGGCCGCCCCCCCUGUACUGGAGCGACUUGCGGGAGAUGUUCCAGAAGUAUCUCAACGAAGAGAAGAUCGAGGGGACCAUCCGGAAAAUGAGCGAGGGCCCCCACCCGCCCGGCUCCCCUCGCCUGGAUGCCCUCUCCAGCCACGUCCUGGAGGCCUUCACUGCCUUUGGCCUGGACCACAGCUGGACAGACAGCCACUACGUGGGGCUGCAGCGCCCUGACCGGCGGCAGCCCAACUUCCUUCGCUGGGUGGAUGCCAGCGGGGCUGUGACAGAGGAGCUGCUGCUGGAAGACCCAGAGGUUUACUGCCCGUACAGCGCCUCUGGCACCGUCGUGGGGGGCCUCGUCUUUGCCAACUACGGGCGCAGGGAGGACUUUGCGGUGCUGGAGCAGCAAGGGGUGAGUCCGCGGGGCCAUCUCGUCAUCGUCCGUGUCGGGAAAAUCAGUUACGCUGAGAAGGUGGCAAAUGCUGAGGCUGCCCAGGCCAAGGGGCUUCUCGUUUACCCAGACCCCAGCGAUAUCCCGCAAGAUCCCCGCAAGCUGGGGCUUUUCCCUAACAUGAGCAUGUAUGGACAUGUCCAUAUGGGGGCUGGGGACCCGUACAGCCCUGGUUUCCCUUCCUUCAACCACACCCAGUUUCCCCCUGUAAAAUCCUCGGGGCUGCCCACCAUCCCUGCUCACCCAAUCAGUGCCGCUGUGGCUGCCCAACUGCUCCGGCGGCUGACGGGCCCCCCGGCCCCCCCGGCCUGGAAGGGGCACCUGCCGGAGGUCCCCUACCUGCUCGGCCCGGGGGAGCCCAGCGCCCACCUGCAGCUGGGCGUGCACAGCGUUCGGCAGUCGGUCAUGAUCAGCAACGUUUUCGGCUGCAUUGAGGGCAAAUUUGAGCCCGGGUUCCAGCUACGAAGAAGCCUGCUGUUUGUGAGCUGGGAUGCGGGUGAUUUUGGCAGUGUGGGCUCCACCGAGUGGCUGGAGGGCUACCUCACCAUGCUGCACUUGAAGGUCGCCGCGUACAUCAGCGUGGACAAUGCGGUCCUGGGAGAUGACAAAUUCUUGGCCAAGACCAGCCCUGCCCUGACCAGCCUCAUUGACAAAGUCAUCAGGCAGGUGAGCAGCCCCAGUCGCAGCGGCCAGACCAUCUUUGAGCAGAUGACGGAGCAGGGUCAGCGCUGGGAGAGCGAAGGGAUCCAGCCCCUCCCCGUGGACAGCAGCGCCUUCGCCUUUACGUCCUUUGGGGGGGUGCCGGCGGUGGAGUUCUCUUUUGUGGAGGACUCACGGUUGUACCCCUUUCUCAACACCAUGCUGGAUACCUACGACAACCUCAACCGGGCUCUCCAGGGUCGUCUCCCUGCUGUGGCCAAGACGGUGGCCGAGGUGGUGGGGCACCUGCUGAUCAAGCUAACCCAUGACCACCUCCUGCCCCUCGACUACUGGUGCUACGGAGAUGUUCUCUUGCAGAAGAUCGCCCUCUUCAACGAAUACAACACCCAGCUGAAGAGCCGGGGGCUCACCCUGCAGUGGAUGUAUUCGGCUCGAGGGGAUUAUGCGCGGGCAGCAGAGAAGCUGCGGAGGGACAUCUACACCUCGGAGGAGCAUAAUGAGAGACUCCUGCGCAUAUUCAACGUCCGCAUAAUGCGGGUGGAGUUCUACUUCCUGUCUCAGUACGUGGCGGUGACGGAGACUCCCUUCCGGCACAUCUUGCACGGCCGGGGGCCCCACACCCUGGGGGCUCUGCUGGAGCAUGUCAGCCUCUUGCGGGAUGCCCCGGAAAGGUUCAAUGAAGCCCUCUUCCGCCGGCAACUGGCCCUCGUCACCUGGACGCUCCAGGGGGCAGCCAACGCCCUGAGCGGGGACGUCUGGAACAUCGACAACAACUUCUGACCUUUGGGCAGCCGCCACUGCCUCUCUGCUGGAGCUGAGACCGAACUCCCGCCUCUGCCACCUGCCCGGGCCUCCGAGUGUGGAAUCCGGCGUUGGAGCCCCCGCGAUGCUGUUCCCCCCACCACCGUCGUCUGGAUCGGCGCCUGGUAUCCAAAACGGCUCCCGGUUGGGGGCCUAGCAAAACAGAUCCAUUUGGCAUGUAUUGUAUUUUUGGCAAGCACACGCAUGUGCAUGCUCACACACAGGGGUUUGUUUCAGCUCCAGCCUUUACAGGUAGUCCUCCUUUAGCGACCACAGUUGGAACCAGCAACUUGGUCUUUAAGUGAAGCGGUUGCUAAGUGAAACCACAACUGUGCGUAUUAUCUUACUUCAGUUUUCCUUUGCUUUACAGACCUGCAAAGGUCGUAAAUGUGAGGAUUGCUCCUAAAGUUACUUUUUUCAUCACCGUCGUAACUGCGAAUGGUUGCUAAAUGGGGCAGUUGCUAAACGAGGACUACCUGUAAUCUUUUCUAUCUUCCCUCUUUCCACCCCCAUUCUUAAUUUAUCAGUGACAGGGUUCACUAUGAAUGGUUCAUAUAUUGCUAUGCAAUAGAGUGCCUUGUUCCUCCAGUGUUAAUUGCCCUCCAUUGGAAUUGCCCCCACUUACUUGCUCCGCCAGAUUUAUCAGCAGCAAUGUCUGCUAUAAAUUGAAUUGAUUUAUUGCUAUGUAAUAGACAGAAAUCCUGCACCCUUUCUUUUCUUCCUUUUUCAUUCCUCCCCCAGCUUUUAAUUCAUUCAUUGCUCUUUUGCAGAUCCUGACCCCCCCACGCUUGAUAAUUUAUCUGUUUAUUGCCAUGUGAUGGAAUGAAAAGCUAAGUUACUUUCUCAAUAAUGACAAGGGCCCUGUUGGUUUAUCAGCAGCAGCGUUCAUUAUAAAUUUUUCCUUAUGCCCUCUC